AUGGAAUUACUCAAUUAUACCGAAGCUGUUUUGCCCAACUUUUCCAAUACCUUUGAAAACGGGGAGCUUUAUCACCUUUACCAGCUUCCCGAGCUGAAGGGUCAACCAAGCCACAACCAACAACAAAGCCAAUUAAACCAAAACCAAACCAAUAAUCAACAACAAAGCAGCCAAAAUCAAAUUAAUCAACAAUCCCUUAAUCAACAAACUAGUCAAACCCUUAGUCAACAGAUCCAAGCCCUUAAUCAACAAAAUCAUUCCCUUGGCUUCUUGCCUGGUCAGCUCCGCGGCCACGACGACCCCGACCUCGACUCGUUUUCCCCCACCCAGCCCCUGUCUUUUUUAUCGAGUCCUCAAUACUCGUAUUCUUCGCGGCCUCAAUUGUCGCCUCAAAUACUACGAAGUGGCCCACUAGAAUUGGGGGCGGAUCAGCCACCGGUGGACCCGCAUCAGUACCCCGAUAUGACCAGUAUGAUUAAUGCCAAUUCCAGCAUGAUUCUCCCCAUGGUGGAAACCACAUGUGUAGACUACAGUCUCUGUUCCGUUUGCGGCAAGAAAAUUACCAGAGAUAUGAGUCGGCAUAUGCGGACGCACCGUCUGGAUUCGCGGUUCGAAUGCAAGUUCCCAAAAGGUCAAUGCAAUCACAAACUGGGCCGGUUCAACCGACGGUAUGAUUUCAAGAAGCACUUGUUAAAUCGCCAUUUUGAAUUCGAUGAUCCGGAAAUAAAAAAACAUCACACCCUCAGUGGUAAGCUCACGUAUUGGGGAACUUGUCAAUGCGGGCUCAGGUUUCUGGGAGCGUCGUGGCUCGAGGACCAUGUGAUGACGGGAGAUAUAACGAAGAGGUGUCCAUAUAUGGACGAUUUUUAA